GCCGUUUUUUAGAGGUAACAGCCUUAGUUGCGACACGAGCGGAGGAGGUAACCGCGCAGUUAUGUUGACAAACAGUCAGUCUUUCGCGUUUGCGAGAUAUAUUUUAUUUGAUAGUACUAUUAACAAUCAGUUUUGUGAUCAAUGGAGCAUCUUCAAUAUUCUCGGUGACAUCACGCACUAAAGGAGACCAACUAACUUUAAUUGGAUGCGACGAGGUCUGCUCGAGGCGGCUGUUUCUAUACGACUCCGCUUGCGACACUCGCCUCAAGCAGUAAAAUAUAUUUAAAACUCUUGUUGAUAUUGACAAAACAUGACCCAGUACAUCGCUGGCUUGAUCUUUGCGCUAGUCCUGGCCGCUUUUAUGGUCGUCUGGUUUGCUUACUGCAUGUUCGUAAGGGAACGGCAUAAGGACGAGCAUCAUUACAACAUUUCGGAUAUAAUAAAGAGGAAUACGAUACUAUCAGAGCUUGAAGCUUGCGAGACGACAGAAGAGAAGAAGAGUGGGAGUGGGAUGGUAGCUGGUGUAUUUAUUCUUCCGUCGCGGCAUAAGCAUAAGGAAAAGGAGAAGGAAGAUAAAGAUGGUUACGACAAAAGGCCAGAUUAUCCGGAGAGUCCAGUGCCUUUACAACUAAGUACGGAGAAGCUAGUGGAAUUGUUAAACGACGGUGAGAAAGAUGACUUUUAUAAGGACGGCACGCUUGAGAUAGGCUCUAAUGCGACUUAUAUUAGUGAUGUUUAGGUAUUAUUAUGUAGCAUAGUGCCAUUUUCAACCAAAAGACUACUUGUCGGUUGUCAAUAAAGCGCUAUUUUCAUAUAACUUCAAUAUAAAAUCAACAUUAUCGACAACCGACAAUGUUACCACGUUUCCAUCUUUUUAGAAAACGUCACAUAUCUCUUCGUAAGAACCAGUGAAAUCUCUACAGUUCCCAUUAAAAUCGAAAUUUUGCUAUCUGCCUCUAUCGCUCGAAUACGCAAGAGCGACGGAGAGGCAAAUAGACGGGCAAACAAACGAAGUUCUUGGUUCAUAAUAAUUAUUUUGAUAACAUACUCUCCUACUAAUAUGGUGGUGCAUUUAAAUAAUGCAUUAUUAUUGUGCGAAUCUUUAUACAAAAGCACACAAAAGUACUUGGACGUUUUAAUUGAGCCGAUGAAUGAAGCCAUGCUGCUGAUGUUUAAUUGCCAUUGUGUAAUAUGUAGCCAGUGACAAAAUGUUGUAAGUUCAUAUUAAACACAUAUUUCAUGGUUGCAUGUCGAGAUUAUUGAGUAUAAUUACCUAACGUGCACCUAAUUUGAACUCUCUGUAUGCUGCAGAGGAAAAAUACAUAUAUACGUAUUACGUAUACUUAAAUAUAAAUACUAAUAUAUAAAAUAGGAAUUAAUAAAUUGUAUGAAUUAUCACGUAACAAAGUUGAUACUAAGGCUAAUAUUUUUAAUUUUAUAGAGAUUUUUUAUAAUAUUAAAACCAAAUACAAAAUGUUCUCAUUUUAUAUUUCACCUUACAUUUAAAUAUAACCCCUGUAUUUAAGCAAAAUAAUAUAUUUUCACACGAUUGCAAAGACUUGCAAAUAAAUUUUAAAUAAACAUAA